ACAUCCGACUCAAACAUGGCGACUACGGCGAUGGCGGCGGCGGCGAUCUCUGCGACACCGUCGACGGUAAAGAAUUCCUUCUAUGCCUGCAACAACCACGCUCCCUUCCUCUCGUCUUGCCGCCCCCGUCUCUCCUUCCACCAUCGCCUUUCCUCUUCUCCCCUAACCCUCCCUUCCCUUUCGGCCCCAAAAUACAGCCCCAUCCACCGCCACUGCGCCGCUUCUGCCUCCUCUAAGGUCGAUGCUUCUAUUGCUAAUUUCCACGGCCCGUGCUACGUCCUCGGAGAUAACAUCGACACCGACCAGAUCAUCCCGGCGGAGUACCUCACCCUCGUCCCCUCCAAGCCCGACGAAUACGAGAAGCUCGGAUCCUACGCCUUUAUCGGCCUCCCAUCCGCCGCUUAUUCUACUCCUUUUAUUGCCUCCGGCGCCACGAAAACUGGCUUCCCCAUCAUCAUCGCCGGGGCUAACUUUGGCUGCGGUUCCUCUCGCGAACACGCCCCCGUUGCCCUCGGCGCUGCAGGCUCCCGGGCCGUCAUUGCCGAGUCCUAUGCCAGGAUCUUCUUCCGUAACUCGGUGGCCACCGGAGAGAUCUACCCGGUGGAAUGUGAAAGGGUCGGAUUGUGGAAGGAGUGCACCACAGGGGAUAUCGUGACGGUAGAGCUUGGGGAAAAUCGGCUGAUCAACCAUACUACCGGAAAGGAGUACAAGUUGAAGCCGAUUGGGGAUGCUGGACCGGUUAUUGAGGCCGGAGGGAUCUUUGCUUAUGCAAGGAAGACUGGUAUGAUUGCUGCGCCAUCUAAUUGAAGACUUAAAGCACCACGAUAAUGAAUUUGCAGUAGCAGAGGUGUUCUCUUGAGGUGUCCUUAACCAGUCUGUGCUUGUGUCUCUACCUUGCAAGUGUGGUCCAUUAGCGUCGAGAGAUCUAUGAAACAGUGUGUAAUAAGGUGUACUCUCCUUGUAGUACUUUACUAGAACUUGUUCAUCAUUAUUUGAAUUUUAUUAUUCCGUCUUGAA